AUGGAUUUCCUUGCAUUCUCUGAGGUUUUCUUCAAGCGUUUUUGUUUUUUUGGAAUCAAUCCCUGGUACAGAAAACUGGGAAAGCAAACCGAAGGCAAGAAAAAUGUUGAGCAGGGUGCCAUCAGUCCAAUUAUAGUGACAAUUAUGCUUCUGGUGUACUGGUGUGGAAUUAUUAUCUCUUUUUUCAUGAAUCACAAAGCAAAUGAUAAGAUAUCGGCCAUUUCCAAUAUCAUUCAACUUUUACUGAAUGGAAUAGCCCUGACCACUGUUCUGAUCAACGUUCUCCUGAGAUUCCAACUCUUUGAUGACAUCGUGAUGGGAUUUCAUGUGAUUGAUGAAAAUCUGAAGGGAGUGGGCAAGAGUUUGAAGUACAGCAACUCCGUGAUUUCGUCAAGAAACAUCGUGAUUGCUUUCGGGAGCUACCUAGCCUUAUCCAUUUGCUUCGAUUGCUACGUGGUUAUAAUCAAGUAUGAAAUGGCUCCUUUCUGGUACUGGGUCGUAUCGACGCUGCCCUCAGUCAUCUACUCCCUGUCUAUGCUGCAGUCUAUGUUUAUCAUUGCCUGGAUUUCAACCAGAUGCAACAAACUCAAUGCCCUUCUUCGAUUUGAUAGUCAAGCCAACUACUUGCGAGCCCUCCCAACUGUCCAAAUGGUCACGGGAUCCAUGAAGGGAAGGAUUCAGAAGUCCCUGGAUUUAAUUAAGAAAGUCUAUACCAUCAUGAGCGACAUUUGCCAACUUUCUCACAACGUGGACAAUUUCCUCGGACCCUCAUUUCUCGCUACGAUCACGGCGAUCUUCGCAGUGACCAGCAUUCAAGUUUAUUACAUUUAUGUAACAUCAGUGACAAUGAAUGUGCUCCCUGAAUCCUCAGGAUUCACCAUUUGGAGUCUGCUGGCGUCGCUCAACAUGGUGAUCAUGAAUAUCUUCCUCAUCAUUGCAAUUACGACCAUUUGCGAUCGCGUCAACACCGAAACCAUUCAAAUCCUACAGAACUUCUCCGAGUUUCAAAUCAACAAGGAAGUUCCUGCUGAAUUGAGCAUUUGGCUCCAUCCGAUGAUCUCUCAUAUGAAAUUCACGGCUUUUGGCUUCUUCUCCAUUGACUACACCAUGCUCUGCGGGUUUGUAACCGCCAGCGUGACUUACCUCGUAAUCUUCAUCCAAUUCUACUCAAUUGAAGCAGAACAUGGGACUACAAGCAUCAUAAGAAAUACAGAAAAGGGACAAGCUCAAGCUUUCAGAAGUAUUAUGGAUUAAUCUCAACUUUAUUGUAAGGCAUUUUGAUAUUCUUUUCUUUUAUCUUCUUCACCAACAUUUUAUAUCCUUCGUUUUCUUCUUUAUCUUUUCAAAUUCACCAAAAAAAAUAGUGGUGCGAUAAUUGAAUAAUUUUCCAUCAGUUCACAUUAUUGCUAUGUCUUUCACACUCAUACAUUGAUUAGAUUCUUGGUUUUUUUCUUCCUUAAUAGCACGACACGAUUUUAUUUAUCUAUCUUGCAUUUUGUGAGAAAAUAAAUAUUCUAAAGUCCUUCGCACAUACCAUUCAAUACACAAGCAAAUUGAUAAAUAAAUCAACUUAUAGAGCUUUUUUAAAACAUAGUUUUAGAACAUGAAUGUACUAAAUGAGUUUGAGAUAGAAAUUUGAAAUUCAAGUUAAUUUUCGAGUGUAAAAAAUAAAUACCAAAUAUGUGGAGUAAAAUAAAAUCUCUUUUUGUGAUAACAUUGUGUUUUUUACUUUUAUAAUAGAGUGAAUUCCUUUUCAUAUCCAUGAAGUACUAAAAAUUAAGGACAGAAGAAAUUGACAGUUAUCAAAAAUGACAUAAUAAAAAAUGUAUUACCUUCGGUUUCUCAGAUUUUUUUCUCAAUUUUUUCCAGUAUUUCUCAAUUUAGUACAGAAUUUAGUACAGUCAUGUACUAAAUUUUAAAAUUUCUGUAAAAAAAUCAGUUAAACUGUUAUUCCCAAUCAGGUUUAACUAGGCCGUUUAGUAUAAGAAUUCUACUUAUUCCCACAGAAAAAAUAUAAAGUUUGUUAAUAUUUGAGAAUAUUGAAUGGAUGAUACGAUUUAAAAAAUAGACAAAUAAAAUCACAUCUUACGUGAAUAAUGGAGUCGACAUUAUUCCUAAAUAUUUUUUACACAUAAAAUUCUCUGUUUCCCUUUUUUGUAGUCCAUUAAGUAAAUCAAUUUAAAAAGCUAUUAAAUUGAGCUUAAAUACAAAUCCUGUCUUUUAAAUUUUUCAUAUUUUUCUUCUUUUUUUGUCUGCCUUGCAACUAUUUCUUUAUUUAUUUAAUUUUUGUUUAUGAUACAAAUAUUUGGUUUGUCCAUUUAGUUCGAAGGGUUAAAACGGUGAACUAUAAAUUGUGUGCAAAAAUAGUUUUUUUUUAUGAUUCUCAUCGCGAGAUUCUCACUUUUCUCUUCAUUCUUUGCAGUUAAUUGAAAAAUUUCUCAUUUUUGUCUAUUUAUAUCGUUUGGAAAUAAAAUUAUAAUUAGUUUUCUAUCACUGAUUUUGAGAUUGCAAAUUGGAUUCGUUUCACUAGAUUCUUUUUUUUUAAUAUUUUCUCUUCUUUUUGUUCUCUUAUGGUCUAGAAAUCAUUUUAUUAGAAUUAAUUUUUGUUUCUUUUUCUCUAUGAGUGAGUUAGUUUAAAUUCAUUUAAUUUAUAAAUUCUACUGAUUUAUACUUGGUGCACUCUCGCACAAAAUAUAAAAUUGAGGAGAGAGUGACUGCGCUUAUACGCUAAAUAAUCCCAGAUCGAAACUGUUCCUAAAUUAUUUUUAUUCCGAUGCUUUUUAUAUUGAAAUAAAAAGAAAGUCCAAUGGCGGUUUAGAGAUUAGAGGAUGUUCCAAAAAACGAUGGAAGAAAGUAGUUGACAGUGUUCUUAAACAGGUAAGGUGUGCUGAGGUGUUGGAGAGAGAUGGCGGAACCUCACCAGGGGUAAAAUUUAGCUCUCGCUAGUAUCGAUUCGACACUAUCGAAUCUCUAGUAUCGUUGGAUCCAAAUGAUGAGAUGAAAUGAGUGUCGGCUCUUCUCGCAUUGUCGACUUUGUCGACGCAUUGUGACACUUUGGGACAGUGACAUAUAACCUCACUUUCGCUGGUUUUUAUUUUGCAGUCGGAAUUAUUUCAGGUUUUUUAUUGCUUUAAAAGUUAAAAAUGAACCUAUAAAAUAUUUUUCAUGUAAAGUGUGGUAAUUGGGGAAACCCAACAUUUUUUUUGAACGAGAAGACACAAAAAUUAUAGGAUGAAAAUAACUCUUUGAAGCUUCCGGAAGAUGUGUAAGGAAAAAAAUCAUUUAUACCUAAAGUCUAUCUAUUAAAACAUGUCUUUUUUAUUUGUCUUAGAUUCUUGCAAAUUGAAGACUUUGAAUGACUUGCUGUACAAAUGCUGCUGGGGAUAUUAUUAUAGGAAAUCCAGAAAUUAUGGGAAUGAUCAGUGCGUGAAUUCCUGUUGGAUUCUGGUGUUUUAGAGUUGCCAAGGAAGGGCAGAACCUCUGAAAAAAGCUAACGAAUCUAUGGUCAUCUCCGAUAAUUCAGGAGUUAGAUUCAAUUUAACCACACGGAAUCCAUGAGUUUUCCGUUAACUUCCUGUCCAGUGCCUUUAUACGUUGCUUCAAUUACUGAAUAUGACAGUUGCAGCCUUUGAUGAACCCUUGUCAGUCGGUGCAAAGAUAUCUUUGUGGUAGGCUGAACACAAUCAACAGAAUGUAUGGAUUUUAAGAUUAUUCCACGCAAUUCUAUAAUUUAUGGAGGACCCAGAAAAAAUAAAA